AUGACAGUCGCAAUUCUCGUUACAGGCGCCACGGGCAAACAAGGCGGCGCGGUGGUCAACGCCUUGAUCGCUCAAGAUGGUGACGUCGAGAUUUUAGCCGUGACUCGGAAUACGGACUCGGCUUCCGCGCAGAAACUGGCCAAAAAGUCUCCCAAGAUCAAGCUCGUCCAGGGCGACUUGGACGAUCCGGCGACAGUUUUUGCGAAUGCGAAGAAGGCCACUUCGCUGCCCGUCUGGGGCGUAUACAGCGUCCAGACCGUGACACCCAAGGGCGGUGCCGAACUUGAAGAACACCAAGGAAAGGCCCUCAUCGACGAAUCCAUCAAGCACCAUGUGCAAUACUUCGUCUACUCCUCCGUGGAUCGCGGCGGCGAUGCCUCGACCGACAAUCCCACCAACAUCCCGCAUUUUGUCAGCAAGCACCGCAUCGAGCAGCAUUUGUUCGAGAAAACCAAGGAUGGGGAGAUGGAAUGGACCGUCUUGCGGCCCGUGUUCUUCCUGGACAACAUUGCGCCCAACUUCCUCGGCAAGGUGGCCUGUACGGCGUGGGAUGCAAUGUUGCAAGGAAAGCCACUGCAGGUCGUUGCCGUCAGUGAUAUCGGACACUUUGCGGCUCUCGCGUUUCUUCAAGAGGGCCGGUUCCGCAACCAGUGUCUCUCCCUGGCGGGUGACGAACUCACCUUUGAGACUUUUGCGAAGAAGCUCAAGUCGAAGACGGGGAAGAACCCGCCCACCACGUAUCGGUUUAUUAUGUAUAUCAUCUUGUGGAUGUCGAAGGAGUUCUCGACCAUGUUCCGGUGGUUCUAUGACCACGGCUAUCGGGCUGACAUUGCAAAGUUGAAGAAGAUCCAUCCGGGGCUGAAGGAUUUCGACAAGUGGCUGGAGGAGGACUCGGUCUAUAAGAAGAAGUAA